AAUGUUGAGAAGAAAUUAAAGAACUUAAAAAUUGGUGAAAUAAAGAAAAAUGAAAUACUAGAUGAUGUCGACAAAUUACAGUUAUGUGAAUCGGAAAUUGUAUUUCGGAAUGGUCAACAAUGUCAACUUGAAAUUGAUCGGAUAUGUAUGUUAAAUAAGUCGGCGGAAAGUGUUUUAAAAUAUCCAUCGGUCAUAUUAACAGCCUCUGAUUUUGCUGUUGCAACGCGUACUUUGUCUAAACUUGAGCGAAAGCAAGUUGCAGACACAAUGCUGACAAAGAAUGUGCUGAAACAAGACAUGUUUUUUGUUACACAUCUACUUAAUAAUAAACUAAUUAUCUACACCGGUUAUGCGAAAUGUGUGCCGAUCAAGGAUGAUGAAGAGUUACGGUUUAAUGUCAUUAACAUUAUAAAUGAAUUUGAAUUGAGUUGGGAACGAUUUCAGUCGUAUUUUGAUACACCAACAAUAGGUGUUUGA